UCAAAUCUAACCCAUCUUCCACGCAAUACCUUCGUACCCGGCAUAGGUAUGGGUAUAGCAAAGUGCCCGUACGAUCCUGCAGACAAUUCGACGGCAGUUUGGGUGGAAAAAGGAAAUCCCGGUGAUUUAGCAGGACUGUAUUCUGGCACCAACGCCGAAUUUACCAAAGCCGAUACUGUCAUCUUCAGAACGGACCUGCACAACCUAACGACCGGCAGAAAGGAGUACAGCUUCAAAAGGACCUUGAAGUACGACUCCAAAUGGCUGGACAAACCGAACUUCGUUGGCUCCUUCGAUAUCGGCGACUACGUUUUGUUUUUCUUCAGAGAAACCGCCGUGGAGUACAUAAACUGCGGCAAGAGCGUGUAUUCGAGAGUGGCUCGCGUCUGUAAAAAGGACACCGGAGGAAAGAAUAUCUUAUCGCAGAACUGGGCUACUUAUCUCAAAGCCAGACUCAACUGUUCCAUUCCCGGAGAAUUCCCGUUUUAUUUCAAUGAGAUCCAGAGCAUCUACAAGGUUCCAGGCGACGAUAACCGCUUCUACGGUACCUUCACCACCUCCACCAACGGCCUAAUGGGUUCGGCGAUAUGCUCCUUCACCCUUCCAGACAUCCAAAUGGCGUUCAGCGGGAAAUUCAAAGAGCAAGCCUCCUCCUCGUCGGCCUGGCUUCCCGUUUUAUCAAGUAGAGUUCCCGAACCGCGACCGGGAACUUGCGUCAACGAUACCGAAACAUUACCCGACACCGUAUUGAAUUUCAUCAGAAGUCAUCCCCUAAUGGAUUCCGCUGUAAUGCACGAAAAUGAAAAGCCCGUGUUCUUUAAAAGGGACGUUUUCUUCACCAGAUUGGUCGUGGAUAAGAUCAAAGUUGAUAUUGGUGGAGCGGUUUUGGAUUAUACUGUAUAUUAUGCUGGAACGAAUGACGGUAGAGUGCACAAAAUCGUCGAAUGGGCUCGCGAUGAAGAUUCCGCAUCCAUUCUUUUAGAUGUUUUUGACGUCACCCCGGGCGAACCAAUCCAAGUCAUGGAACUCUCCAAAACUCACAAAGCGCUCUACGUAGCUUCAGAUCACAGAGUUAAACAAGUCGAUUUGGUUAUGUGCAACAGAAGAUACGACAACUGCUUGAGAUGCGUGCACGAUCCUUACUGCGGAUGGGAUAAAGAUUUGAACGUUUGCAAGCCUUAUUCUCCAGGUCUUUCCUAUGCUCCUAGCCUUCUUCAAGAUGUCUCGAACAGCACGCACGACGUUUGUGACAGCAGCGUGGUUAAGAAGAAGAUGGUGGUUACCUGGGGACAGUCGCUCCACUUGGGUUGCUUUCUCAAAAUGCCAGCAGUGCUCUCCACCCAAACCAUCACCUGGUUUCACUAUUCCAAAGAAAAGGGACGCUACAAAAUCAUGUACAGACCAGACAAAUACGUCGAAACCUCGGAACACGGUUUAGUGAUCAUAGCUGUGACCGAAGGUGACGCAGGCAGAUACGAUUGUUGGAUGGGCGCUUCGUUGUUGUGUUCUUUCAAUGUAACCGUCGACGCUCAUCGGUGUUCACCGCCCGCCAAAAGUAACGAUUAUCAGAAAAUAUACUCCGACUGGUGUCACGAGUUCGAGAAGUAUAAGUCUGCCAUGAAGACGUGGGAGAAAAAGCAAGCACAAUGUUCGACACGACAAAACGCCAGCAACCAGAACAGCCAUCCAAAUGAAAUAUACCGGCCGUUGGUGUGA